UAUGAGGAGAAGAGGAAAGACAUCACUGAUGCCACUGAAUACAACAGAGUCAACAUUCUGGUGCCUUUUGACGCCAACAGCACCCUGAUAACAUGUGGGGCUUUUAAAGAUGGAUAUUGUGAAGUUCUUGAUAUAAAUGACAUUACAAACAGUAUUUACUAUGAAAGUAAUAUAUUGAUAGGACCGCGACAGGGUGAGAAAUCUGUUGCCUUCAUAGCCGGUACAAGCAGCAGUACGUACCUUUUGGUUGGGAAAAAAGACGACGAUGCAAAAGCUCAAGAUACCAGGUAUUCUGUUGUUAGCUUGUGGAACACUUUACAGUCUCAAGCAGGUGGGAUUUUCUCUAUAUUUGCGGAAGGAUCAGAUACCAUCAUUCAGAGCACUGUGAGAGAUGUGGAGUUUGUUGGCGGAUUCCAGAGAGUUUCACCCUCAGAAUCCUACUUAUUUCUCAACGUAAAGACUGGCUCAGAGAGGAAAGUGCUCGUCCUGUGGAUGAACAGCUCUAAAGGAAAAAAGAGAGAAAUCAUCAAAUCCCUACAGGCUGCAACGAUACGAUGCUGCAGUGAUAAAGCUCGUCCAGUGCUCGUCGCCUGCACUGUUAUUCCCUCAGUGAACAGCGUUAUUUGGGCAGGUGUGUUCAGUGCGCAGAAUCAGCAGGAUCCGGAGAACAGCGCGCUGGCUCUGUACGACAUCAGGAGCAUUAAAGGCCGAGUGAAGGGCUUCUGCGCUUAUGGUGAAAACCCAUGUGGUUCAGAG